GUGAAGAGAGUGUGAGAGAAGGAGAGAAGAGAAGAGGAGAGGAGAGGCAAACUGAGCACUUUUUCCCACGAAGUUUGUUUUGAUGUGAUGGUGAAGAAGCUGACGGAGAAUCUCACGGAAUAGUUUGAUUAAUGCUUUAGAGAGGUGAAGGAGGUCAGGCUUCUUCCUAGUACCCGGAGAAAACAUUAUUGAGGCCUUCUCCAUCCUGCUUCAGGCUUUGUGUAUCAGGUGUCUCAACAGGACUGACACGGUGAGAGAGGAGGGGAAACGAUGUCUCAAGAUGAAAGCUGGUGGAGGGUUUGCAGCAGGGGCUUGUAUAGCUGCCACUGGAAGCAAUCAAGUGAAAACGAGAGAAAACGUGCGUGCUGCUGGUUCUCAGUUCUCACUCUGGUCUCCCUCCUCUCCCUGUGCUGGAUGUAUGUUUGUCUGGUUACUUUUAAUGACCAAGACGACGUGAACUGGCAGGGCUUUGCAAACAUGAAACGGUGGGUGAACUGGUUCAUGGUGCUGAUCAUCAUCUCUGCGGCUAUAACCAGCUACUGCGUUCUGCUGCUGAUCUUUGCAUUGUUCCAAGUUCUCUUAGGAGAACCACUUGACUUACAUUGGCUGCAUAAGGUCUUAUUGUUUUUGGGAGUUAUAUUCAUCGCUUUUGGGGUCGCAGGAAUCAGUCUCAAGUGGCAACAAGAGUGGCCAACUGUUCCUCUGUCCCUCCAGGCCACAGCUCCUUUCUUACAGUUUGGUGCUGUUGGGGCGUUGACCCUGCUGAGUCCAUUCGUCUUCAGGGGCUUCCAUGCAGCUAAGCAAAACUGGUCUAAGUUCCUCAUCGCAGUGGUGUUUGUGACGGUGUCUACAGCCAUCUUCCUGUGUCCCCUGUACAUCCAGUCUCCCUGCCUGAUAGAAAUGCACAAGUUACCUGAGAAACCCAAGCUCAUUGGCCACAGAGGAGCCCCGAUGCUGGCCCCAGAGAACACCAUGAUGUCGUUCAACAGCAGCGUCACAUGCGGCGUCACAGCCUUCGAGACAGAUGUUCAGCUCAGUGAAGACAGAGUUCCCUUCUUGAUGCAUGACCAUAAGGCGGAGUUCCUGCGCAGAACAACAAAUGUCAAAGACAAGUUUCCAGACAAAUACUUCAGCCACAGCAGCAACUUCACCUGGGAGGAAUUAAAGAGUCUGAAUGCCGGGGAAUGGUUCAUAAAGACAGAUCCUUUCGGUUCAGUUUCCAUGCUCUCGGCAGAGGAGAAGAGAAAAGCCCGGAGACAGACUAUACCUUCCUUACUUCAGCUCUUAAACCUUGCAAAGCAGCACAACGUCUCAGUGGUGUUCGACUUAUAUAGUCCUGACGUGGAAAAUGACACAGAGGACAUAGUCAGCACCAUCUUGAGUUCUGGCAUUGACCAAAGUCUGAUUCUCUGGCUUCCCCCAGAAAAAAGAGACUAUGUAGAUAAGAUCGCCCCAGGCUUCAUCCAGGUCUAUAAGAACACGAAAGACAUGCUUAACAAAACAGGAAAUCACCUGAAUGUGAAAUACAGCACGUUGAGUAUGAAGCAGAUCAGUGAUCUACGCAGUAUGAACAUUACAGUGAACCUGUGGGUGGUGAAUGAACGUUGGCUCUUCUCUCUGCUGUGGUGCGCAGGGGCCAGCUCUGUUACCACCAACUCCUGUCAUCUUCUAAAAAAGAUGAAUGAGCCUGACUGGGUCAUGGCUCAUGACACGUACAAAGUUAUAUGGAUCUCUGUGGACGUCGUAUCUUUUGUGAUAAUGAUUGGCCUCUACAUCUUUCAGAGGAAAGCACACUGUUUCUGUCAGAGACAAGAGAACCAAAGGAAGAGUACAUUAGCGUGGAAUGAGAAAGAGCUGUCUCCUUUCUUGCCGACUGUGUAGUUCCUUCGACCCCACAAGGAGAUUUUAUUAUUUAUCCUUCAAUGCACUGUUUGAAUUCUUUGGACCCAGAUAAGGACUACAGAAGGUUAAUGUGAAUAUUCAUACACUGUUAUCUGUGACCGUGAAAAUAAUGUUUUUAUUUUUUAAAUUUGUUUCAGAGUUUAUUUGAUGUGAAUCAAAUAUCAGCACUGUGCCACCACUGGAUGGCAGUCUUGUUUCAUUUUUUUUCUAUAAGUUUACCCAGGGUUUUGAUCAUUGUUAUUCUGUUGCUACUGAUAUUAAGACAUUCUCUCAGUGUAUCACUGUAUUGUAUACUGAAGAUAUGCACUGCAUCUCCUCUUUGCACUCUAAGUCAUUUUAUAUUUCUUUGGGGGGUUUUUUUGUACCAAACUUUUCAGUGCAGCAAAGCUGUGGAUUAACUGUGAUCUGAGCCAAAAACAAUUUUUUUUUCUAAACUGCCCUAUGUCUGUUUGUUUACGAUUGUAUUUCUCUUAAUGAGUGAUUUUGAUUCAAGUGUAUGACGGGACUGGAAAGACUUAAUUUACUCACGUACUGUACUGAAGUAAAAUAUCGAAGUAUUUGGACUAAAUAA